AAAGUCUGACACCGCUUCCGGUGUCGCCACCUUCUUUGUCUUCGGCCCAACAUUUCGACACAAGGGGUUGUCUAUUUUUUCCCUUAGUUUUGAGGAUAUAUUUACACAUAUAUCCGUAGUUUUCUAAUAUUGAAUGACAGUCGACUCUGAAAUAUUUAUGCCUAAAAGUAAAGCGCCAAAAAUGGAUGACCUGGACUACAUCCCAGUAGACCUGAGCCCAGAGGAGCGCUCUGAGCUGGAGGACAUCCGCAGGAGGAAGGGCAUCCUGCUGCAGGAGAUCCAGAGGCUCAGAGAGGAAUUAAGAGAGGCAAUUAUGGAGGUGGAGGGACUGGAGACCAGCACAGAGGGCAGUAAAACUCUACAGAAAAGUAGGCAUGUGGCAAUGGGAAGGAAGAAAUUCAACAUGGAUCCCAAAAAGGGCAUUGUGUUUCUGGUGGAGAAUGAGCUGCUCAGACACACUCCAGAGGACAUCGCUCAGUUUCUCUACAAAGGAGAGGGCCUCAACAAGACUGCUAUAGGGGAUUACCUUGGAGAAAGGGAUGACUUCAACAUCAAAGUUCUUCAGGCCUUCGUUGACCUCCAUGAGUUCACUGAUCUCAACCUCGUCCAGGCCCUCAGACAGUUCCUGUGGAGUUUCCGUUUGCCUGGUGAAGCUCAGAAGAUCGACAGAAUGAUGGAGGCCUUUGCUCAGAGAUACUGCCACUGCAACCCUGGCGUCUUCCAAAGCACUGACACAUGUUACGUGCUGUCAUUUGCCAUCAUUAUGCUGAACACAAGCCUCCAUAACCCAAAUGUGAGGGACAAACCUGGAGUGGACCGUUUCAUCUCCAUGAACCGAGGCAUCAACGAGGGGGGAGACCUGCCUGAGGACCUGCUCAGAAAUCUCUACGACAGCAUUAAAAAUGAGCCCUUCAAGAUCCCAGAGGACGACGGCAACGACCUGACACACACUUUCUUCAACCCGGACAGAGAGGGCUGGCUUCUAAAACUUGGGGGACGAGUGAAAACCUGGAAACGGCGAUGGUUCAUUCUCACAGACAACUGCCUUUAUUACUUUGAAUACACCACAGAUAAGGAACCACGAGGUAUCAUUCCCUUGGAAAACCUCAGUAUCCGUGAGGUAGAAGACCCAAGAAAACCUAACUGCUUUGAGCUGUACAUCCCCAACAACCGUGGUCAGCUGAUUAAGGCGUGUAAGACGGAGGCUGAUGGGAGAGUAGUGGAAGGAAACCACAUGGUGUACCGUAUCUCUGCCCCCACACCUGAGGAGAAGGACGAAUGGAUCCACAGCAUCAAAUCUGCUGUGAGUGUUGACCCCUUCUACGAAAUGCUUGCUGCCAGGAAGAAACGUAUAUCACUGAAGAAGAAGGAGGAACAACCGUAGAUUAUUCCCUUCAUUCUCUCCCUGUCUUCCUUUUGUCUUUCUCAUCUCUCCUUCCAACACUGGACACGCUUUCACCCCUGCUCCUCACUACCUGUUCAUAAGUUUUGUUACCCCUCUUUCCCCCGUCCCCAAACAACAUCCUCUCCCCGAUAUGAGGGCUCCUUGCUAUCCUGUCUACCAGGCUCUUGAAAGCCACAUUCAGAGUGAAGAGCUCACCCGAUGUGGCUGCCUCUUCUUAUCUUACACUACUGCUGUUAUACACAACCUGACACACCACAGCCAAAGCACACUGUCUGUCCCGUCUUCUCACCACAUUCCUCCUGACCUGAAGUCGUAGACCAUAUUUCCACUAAUGUUGGUGAUUGUUCCUAUUUUGGCCUUUCAUCCACACAUAGCCAACUUCUCGAAAACUGCUCACAGAAUAUGCAAACGCAGUGAAAAUGGAGGAUUUUAAAAUGCAACGAUUGUCAUUAUGUCAGGCGUCUUAAUGAAUUUGUGAGAAUCUUCCUUUUCCUUCCAUCUUCACAGUUGCUCUGUAAACCACAAACAAAACUUUGAAAGCAGCAGUUGCUCAGCAGAAAUGCAUAAGCCUGCCGGCUGAAGCAGCUUGGGCAUGUUUACUAGAAGACACUUUAUAUUUCUCUAUUCUUGCUUUUCAAUAUGUACAGCAGACUUCUAGACAACUAUCUGAAAAUGCUAGUGUUGACUGAAAUCUUCUAAACAGGUAUCUUUUUAUAUAUAGUUAUAAAAAAAACAUUAGUGUGAAUAUGGUCUUAUUCAGGAUAGCAAGCAGCUUCAGUUCUCGUGAAGUCACAUGAUUGAUGCCGCCUAAAAGAGAAAUUGCCUUUCUUGAUUGUGCUUACACCAGACAAAAUGUGAAUUCACUACUCAAACACUUACGACAUGUUUAUCAGAGAAGAUAGAUGAAUCAGUUGAAGUCAAAGAUCCAAACAAAGCAGCAAAUGAUUUCAGGUUACUGAGAUGGGCCCAUUGCUUUCUAUAGUACUCUUAAUGGCUUAGAUACACAUUACUACUGUCUACACUUAGAUACUGUAACCAUUAUGUGAGGAAAAUGUCACUGUUCAUUACUGUUUAUAUUGACACAAGACUCACAUCACCACAUGGUCUUCAAAUAUUGUUGGGUUUUGAAGGCAAAAAGGUUUCUUUACUUUCAGAAUUAAUGGAGACAAAUGCAAGCAGUUUCUCUCCUUCCAGAUAGCUGCUUGUUUCAGCUCACUGAGUCAAUGUAUAUGUUCUUUAGCAUGUUUCUUAACAUGUUUGAGCAAUAGCAGAGUAAACCGUAGUUCCAGUCUGGAGGCUUGUUAACAAAUCAUUUUUAACACUAUACUGAGCAACGAUCAACAUGUCCUCUCAGAUGUUAUGUUCUAGCAUGCCACAAAUCAUUUCUUCCUUGCUCAGCACUACAAGAACAUCGACAUCUCUCUCACAAGUAAUAACUCUGUCAGACAUUUAACUGUUAGAGCCUGGUCUGUCCGCUAUAGUGAGUUUCAAGAAAUCACAAAGGCAGCUCAUUACAAUGUAUACUUUUUUGUAAAUAGAUGUUAGCAUAUUUGUUUACGAUACACAUAGAAAUGAUUUAAUUUAUUCUUUAUCUUUUGUUAAAAUCUGAUUUUUGUACAAGCUACUGUAGGACUGCAUGUUGAUAAACUGAGGCAUCAGUCGUAGGUACUGAUGCAUCGCUGAUCAUGCUAGUGCAAUGAUUUGAAAAGUGUUAGUGUUCCCUGUUGACUUGGAAAAAUUGUUAAAAUGUGGAAGUUGAUUUAUGCAUUAAGUAAAUUGUCUUAAUCAUAGUGUUUUUGGAAAAUAAGAUAUUUAGGAGAUGUUUAGUAGUCUGAUUUAUCUCUUGACCACCUUGUUGGUUUUUUGAGUAAACUUAGUAGUCUGAUUUAUCUCUUGACCACCCUGUUGGUUUUUUGAGUAAACCAGACUCAGUAAAGCACAAGCAGUAAACAGUCUGGCACUCUGUUUAACUAGCGACUAGUUUUUGUUUCAUUGGCUGCUCAGUGUCAGUUUGAAGUAUGAGGAUAAUAUUCACAUGCUAAAAUUGAAAUUUUCCAUCAUACCACAGUGAUAAACAAUGAAGAGACAACAAAACAAGGAACACUAACAAAGCUUUGAUUCAUUAUAUAAUAGUAAAAUAAUUCAGAUGCAAUGAAUCAGUAACAAGUUUAGAUUUGUGUCCAGUGAUAGAUUUGCUUGGCACCCAGUUCAUAAACUUAUUUCUAGUAGUUUAUUGCACUGGCAUUUUUAGAUGGUAGUGAAAAUAAUUGUCUACUGCACUUUAUCAAUUUUAGCAUUUUGGAGAAAAUGCUGUUACUUUGACUGACAAUACACCAAUACUCUGUAGCACCCUCUACUGGUGAUCCCACACACUGCAAUAUGCUGAAGGAUAAACCAUGAACUGUGUAGAAAUACUGUAUAACGCCACCACCUGGUCACUGCCAGCUAUAGCUGGAACAGUUUCUGACCAACAUGUACUGUAUUUGUUGAGCUAAAGUUGUUCACCUGAUAAAGAUCAUGAUGUUUGAAGCUAAAUGGGGUCUUCUCUCUGUGAUCAGAACAUGUAGUCCUUGUUUUAAAGACACAGCAAGUGAUUGGUCCGUCAAAUACAGAUUUACAAUUGCCUUUUACUCUCUUACUUCAUCAAACUGACAAAAGCCUAACUUUAUAUCUCCAUGUUAGUACUUAUACACAUUACAUGGACUGUCUAUAGGCCUUCACUUUCUGGGAAUUCUUGAAGUGCAAAGUUGCCAAAAUAAACUGUUGGAACAACAAAUGUUUCCAUUAGAACAGAAGAAUGAACACUGAAAUGAUCAGACUGAAAUUGGGCCUCUGAUUCCUGUGACCCCAGGGCCACCUCUUUCAGAAAAUGUGUUUAUUUUGUAUUUAUUUAUUUUUAUUUACUGUGAGGUGAAGAUGGAUAGAUCAUCUGUAAAUGUAGCAAAAGGAAAACAAUAAAAGGUAAACCGAGA